CGCCAUCUUGUCCAGCGCCGUCCUGGGGCCGCCAUGUGGGUGAGGAGCAGUCACCGCCACGGCCACUGUCUAAACCCCUACGUCGCGGCGCGCCGCCCGCCCGCCGGCUCCCGAGCCUCAGCCGCCGGCGGCGAGUAGAGACUAGCGCGGCGGCGGCGCCGGCCGCGCCCAGUGUUUGCAGAGAGCGCAUCUCUCUGGCGUGGUUGUUAACAGACUGGAAAGUCUGUGUCUGUGUCGCUCACUAGUAACCGUGAGUUUUUACCGCCUCGUCACGGCGGGCGGCCGGCCGGGGUCCCGAGCCCCGCAGACCGGCCCGCAGCCCCGCCCCGCUCCUGACCAAACAUGACAGACUGUGAACACGCAGGGCGCGGCAGAGAAGAUGGUGAAUUAGAAGAUGGUGAAAUAGAUGAUGCGGGAUUCGAAGAAACACAAGAACAGGAAGCAAAAGAGGAUGAGAAGCAUAAAAGUGAGAAAGCCUACAGAAAAUCAAGAAAAAAACACAAGAAAGAAAGAGAAAAGAAAAAAUCCAAAAGGAGAAAACGUGAGAAACAUAAGCAUAAUUCUCCAUCCAGUGAUGACAGUUCAGACUAUAGCCUUGACUCAGAUGUUGAACAUACAGAAAGUUUCCACAAAAAAAGAACUGGUUUCUACAGGGAUUAUGACAUUCCAUUUCCUCAGCGUGGACAUAUAUCAGGAAGCUACCUGACAUCAAGGAAGAGUCAACAUAACAAACAGUAUAAAAACAGAGAAUAUGGUGAGUACAGCACCUACAGUGAUGACAACUUCGGUGCCUACAGUGAUGACAACUUCAGUACCUACAGUCAGGGGACAGAGGGAGAUUUUGCCAGUCAGCUGAAACAAUACAGACAAGCUAAAGAAACCUCUAGUACUGCUUUAGGAUCACCAUUUUCUAAAGAACCAGGGAAGAGACCAAGAAUGAAAGGAAUUCAGCAAGGUAUUGAACAGAGGGUUAAAAGUUUUAACAUUGGUCGUGGACGAGGUUUGCCGAAGAAAAUCAAACGCAGAGACCGUGGGGGAAGAGCCAGUAAAGGGUCCAAUGUGUUUUCAGGAACGGAUGACUUUCAAGAGUAUAAUAAACCAGGGAAAAAAUGGAAGGUUAUGACUCAGGAAUUUAUCAAUCAGCACACAGUGGAACACAAAGGAAAACAAAUCUGUAAAUACUUUCUGGAAGGGAGAUGUAUUAAGGGGGAUCAGUGUAAAUUUGACCACGAUGCAGAGUUGGAGAAGAGAAAAGAGAUCUGCAAAUUUUAUUUACAAGGAUACUGUACCAAAGGAGAGAACUGUAUUUACAUGCAUAAUGAAUUUCCAUGCAAGUUCUAUCAUAGUGGGGCAAAAUGUUACCAAGGAGACAACUGUAAAUUUUCACAUGAUGAUCUGACUAAAGAAACGAAGAAACUUUUGGACAAAGUGUUGAACACUGAAGAGGGACCCACAAAUGAGGAUGAAAGAGAGUUAGAAGAGCUUAGGAAACGCGGCAUAACUCCCCUUCCCAAACCACCUCCAGGAGUGGGGCUCCUGCCAACCCCACCAGAACACACCCCCUUCUCCGAUCCUGAAGAUGAUUUUCAGACAGAACUCUCAGAUGAUUUCAAGAAAAUUCCAUCUCUUUUUGAAAUAGUUGUAAAACCUACUGUGGAUUUAGCACAUAAGAUUGGGAAGAAGCCACCAGCAUUUUACAGCAGUGCCUCGCCACCAGGUCCACAAUUUCAGGAAAGCAGCCCGCAUCCUCAGCACAUCUAUAGUUCUGGGUCAAGUCCAGGUGCUGGAGCUAAUAAUAUGUCUCAGGGGCACAGCAGUCCUGUGACGCACCCAGGCUCCCCUGGACAUCACCCAUGUGCAGGAUCCAUGCCACAGAGCCCACCUGCUCCAUCUGCUCCACCUGGGGCUGUGGGUCCUCACAGUCACGCUGCGGUACUUGUUCCACUGGAAGCACCUUUGACAGCACCAAGUAUGAGUGGUGCCUACCACUGCCCGGGCUUUGCAGAGCAUGUGAUGAACAUGCCCAGAGAGAAUCACUGUUCUCCAGGCUCAUCACACCCACAGGGUCCUGGCGAAAUGCAGCUCAGCGCCAGUUAUGAGUCCCUACAGAACCCCGCCGAGUUUUAUGAUGAUUACUACUCACAACAUGCUGUACACAGUUUUCAGCUGCCCAGUAACUCUAGUGAUGGGAUGUGGCAUGGUGAGUUUGCCCAGCAUCAGCCUCCCAUUGGUCAAGACUCACCUAACCAUGGGUGUGGGUAUGAUGACAGCAGCAACAUGACAGGCCCCGGCCCCCUGCCUGCACCAGGGCUCCUCCCCGCAGUGCAGAGAGCUCUUUUUGUCCGACUUGCUCAGAAGUACCAAGAAGAUGAAGAACCAAGCAGCACCCAGUCUCAGAGGGCAACAAGCAAGGAAGAAGAUGAUACUGUUAACUGGUAUUCCAGUAGUGAAGAGGAAGAAGGAAGCAGUGUCAAGUCAAUCCUGAAAACACUGCAGAAACAGACAGAAACUUUAAGGAAUCAGCAGCCUUCCUUGGAACCCAGCACUCCUGCUGACCCGAGACUUGCUAAAGAGAAGAGUAAAGGGAGCCACGUCAUUGACCCUCGGCUUAGGACUGUCCCAAGGCACGAUAGUAGGAAGUCCGAGUCCACUGCCCAGGGUCUCAGACUUGCGUGGGACCCUAGGAGACUGAGAGGGGAUGGGAGUGGGCGUGUCGGCCCCUCGGCUGGCUCAGCAAAGUGCGGUUUACGUCACGCAGAUGCUGGCGCUGACGUCAAACACAGGAGAGGAGAUGAGGAGGAGGAGGACAUGGAAAGAGAGCUGAGAGAAAAGGCUUCCUUGAUACCUCUGGACUCUUCCCCGAAUGUCGUGCUCCAGGAUCCAAGGUCACAGCUGAGACAGUUCAGUCACAUUAAAAUGGACAUUAUCCUUACCAAGCCCAACUUCGCAAAACACAUCGUGUGGGCUCCAGAAGACUUGCUCCCAGUCCCCUUGCCUAAGCCUGACCCCGUGUCUUCGAUCAGUUUACCUCUGCCCCCCCUUAUAGCUGACCAGAGGCUCAGUAGGUUGUGGGAUGCGAAACGCGAUCUUCACCCAAGCGCAGUGCUCGUCGAUUCAAAAUUAGCAGCCAAAGCCAAAAUUAAUACAGCCAACAGAGAAAGCCACCCGGAACAGUUUGGGGACUCGCACAGUUCAAGUAAAUUAGGAGACCCUCGGCUGCAAAGAAAAUGUGAUCCCAGACUUCACAGGCUGCACAGCAUGGCAGGUCAGCAGGCAGUCAUGAAGCAGUCACACACAUCGCAGAGUGGCCCUCACUCAGCCUCACAGCCCUCAGGGGCAGGGAGCAGCAGCUCUGGGCCCGGGGCUGGGCCUCCAUGUGCCCCCAAACUGUCCUCUUCAGCUGGCCUUCCACUGGGGACUCCCUGUUCAGUUCUCAGUGGCACUGGUUUGUAUGACCCUCAGGAGCAGGCUGCAUCACCUACAUCAGAGCCAGCAACGGGGACUGCGGAGAACCAGAAGAUAGGAAGUAGUGACAGAAAUGAGCCUUCUCCUGGGGAGGCAGUCCUGCCACAGAAAAGCACUCCGGACAUGGAAAUCACUGUCGAGGGGCCAGCUGACCCACAGGCAGAUGCCCCCAGGAGCUCCUGUGCCAGUCAGGUCCCCGCAGUGCACAGUCUCCCCAUUCAGGCAUUAACAGGCUUAAUUAGACCCCAGUACAGUGACCCAAGGCAGUCACAGCAGCCAGGACAGCUGAGCCCCACCCCUGAUGAUGGCCCCAGUAGCGAAACGGAUGACAAGUCUCUGAGAGAGGUUUUUAAAACUUUUGAUCCAACUGCUUCACCAUUUUGCUAGCUAUAGUGUAAUUAGGCAGUUCUUUUUAGUCUUGUGACUAUUGCAGUCCUCUGCUGUUUUGUAACUGGUUUACCUCUAUAGUUUAUUUAUUUUUAAAUUAUAAACACUUUACAGCUGCUAGUAUCAGAACCACAUGAAGUUAUAUCCUCUAAAGCCUGUGGCAUUUUAUAUAAUAUUUUUAUAACUUUAAGAGACUGUAGUAAUUGACAUAGAAACUUAUAGAUCAUGUUAGCUUCAGUAAAAGUACUUCUAUUGUAAAUAAACCAUCAUGAACUCAACUCUGCCUGAAUAUCUGCAGUUGUCUUUCAUAAUCGAUGUUUGGAUAACCAAUUACCACUUUUAUAUGGUUGUUGUUUCGAGCAAUAUGUACCUUACUUUUGGGGAACAGUAUUUUGACUGGGAUCCUCUCUAUUUGUCAACACAUAAUUGAUUAAUAUGGAAUGCUAACUGCUAGCUAAAAUGUAAAAUGAAGUAAAGAAAGCAUUUUUUAAUAACAUUUAGCAGAGCAGUUCAUGUUUAAGGCACCACUUUUAUUAGUGUGGGCGAUAUUAUUUGUGUAAAUGAAGCAUUUGAAUGUCAUAUCUCUUAAAAGUAUUUUACUGUAUCAUAGAAGUUGGAGAUAUAUAGAUUGUUCUGCUAAAGUGAAAAGUUCCCAAGUCCUCUGACAUAACUUUUUAAAUUUAAUUUUUCAUAUUAAAUAGUUGUGAAUUACUGCUGUCACAUUGUGAUGUUUGUGUGUCGCGAUGUUUUUUUUGUCUUUAGCACCAUAAUUUAUAUUACUUUUCAAAUGAUGUAGCUGCAAUAAUUGUGUUCAUUAUGACCUUAGCAAUUUUUAACAAAAUUUUAAAAGAUCCGGUGAGAGUCUGUACCGAUUAUCGAAUUGAUAAUGUUUUAAAUGUCCAGGUUCCAUAUGUUUUCUUAAAUAGGAAGAAAACACAGAGAUGGAGUAUUCAGCUGUGUGCCUACCAAUAAAGAAACUCAGAUCCCACAUGACUGGCGUUCUAUGACAGGAAGGAUUUUGUGUCCUCAUAGUUUGGAAAUCUCCAAAAUUGGUUAGAAAUUGUAUUUUUAUGAAAAAUAAUGUAUAUUCAUUCUUUGUGUAUUUAUUGCAGUAUAAAAUAAUAGCAGCCCUGUUUGUUUUAUACAUUUAUUAUUUAUAACAGAAACUAAGUAUUACAGUGAUAUUCAUGUCUUGAACUGGAGCUUACGACACUGUUUUUGGUAACAAUCCCAGUUAACUGGAAAAGGAGCAUUUCAUCAUAAAAGAUAAUGAAAAUGCGGGUAAAAAGUUUUUGGAUGAAAACAGCUACCCUUGAGAAGUGAUGUUAGAAAUACAGAGCAAAGUGUUUCUGUGGGAACCCGACACUCAGAUGGCGUGUGGUUUAAGGUCAGUGCCACCCUUUCUGCUCACUUCUUUUACCGUCUUGCGCUGUGUUCGCAGGUCUAUGGGGCUGCAGUUAGGGGAAUGCCUCUGCCUACCGAAGUGUGCAGUGCUGGAGGGACCGUAAAUGCCUGUUAUUUCUACUUUGGUUAUAUUGUUACCUAAAAUGGCUCUGGAUAUCAUUUUGAGGUUACAAAUGCAGUAUAAAACCAUCAUAGAAAGUAUUUUCUGACUUGCUGUCCAAACAAACUUUAUUGUUCAUUGAAAAGUCAAUAAAAUGGAUAAAACUGA